AUGGCGUCGACUUUGGUGCACUCCGCGCUCCUGAGGCCGGCGGUGCUGCAAAUUCUUCGUGCAGCCGGGUUCACGGCCGCGAAACCAGCAGUGCUCGAUACUGUCACCGAUUUGGCAGCGAGGUAUCUUCUCUUACUUGCAAACUCGACCUCUCAGAAUGCUCUCAACACACACAACGACAAUGUGCCGACGAUUCAAGAUGUUCGGCUGGCUCUUUCAGAGAAUGGCGCACUGUUCCCGCAGAUGACGCCGGCGGAGGAGGCUCGAAGGGGCGAGGUUGAGGAUGCUGGAGAGUGGGUGCCGUUUGAGGACCUGCGCGGGGUUCAAGGCUUCAUCGACUGGGCGCACGGCCAGGUAAACAAGGAGAUUCGACGGAUUGCAGGAUUCUCGGGAGACGAGCUCAAUGUCGAUCAGAUUGCGGCAGGCACUGAUGAGAAGGUAGACUAUCUCACAGCUCUCAAAAAGCACGGCAAAGCAGAUGAAGAGGCCCGCUUUCAAGGCACCUUGCUCGGCAAAGAUUUCGAGAUGCAGCCUGUCACUAUCGCCGGAGGCCGAGAAACCAGUCUGGCCGAGUGGAUGGACAAGUUGAAGGCCAAGUCGCUCAGCGUCAACGCCGUUGAGGAAGGUGUUACUCCAGGAAAUUCGUCAAUGCUCAGUUCUGCUCCAGGAUCACCGAUGAUGCAUGGUGCAGAAGAACAAGCAGGCGCGAGCGCGUCUACUCAGAUGACUCAAGUCUGA